UCUCGCGAGACCAACACGACGGAUGACACUCUGUUUCUCCCCUUCAUUUCUCAAUAUCAGACUCAGUAAAGUCCGCUCCUGCUCAUCUCUGCAAACCCUCACCUUCAUCAUGGCCGGAGCUGGAGAGGAUCUCUCUUCUUUUUCCGGAAGUGCUGUUUCCCCUACGCUUGAUGCCUCAAACUCACAAGUCGAAGGAGCCGUCGCCGAUUCUCAGGACACCGACGACUCUAAGCUCGGAUUCAAGCGACCUGAAAUGUACAAGAGCUCUCUGGCCGGAACUGUUGAACCCUACGAUCGUCAUAUCUUUCUAUGCUACAAGAAUGCUGAAAGCUGGCCUUCUCGAGUUGAAGAUGCUCAAUUCGAUCGACUUCCGAGGCUUCUAGCUGCGGUCCUUAAAUCCCGCAAAAACGAUAUUCGAGGGCAGACUCGUCUAGCAUUAUGUGAGGGACGAGAUGGGACGGAGUCUUCGAAUGGAGAUAUUUUGAUUUUCCCUGAGAUGGUCAGAUAUAGGGGUCUGACACACUUUGAUGUCGAUAAUUUCGUUGAGGAUGUACUCGUAAAGGGCACGGCUUGGGCUUCUGGAGUUUCUGAAGCAUUGACAGGUUACCAUGUAUUCGUGUGCUGUCAUGGUAGUCGAGACCGGAGAUGUGGUGUUUGCGGCCCGGUUCUUGUUGAUAAGUUUAAGGAAGAGAUUGAAUUGCGAGGUCUAAAGGAUCAGGUAUUCGUUAGUCCAUGCUCUCACGUCGGCGGCCACAAGUAUGCUGGGAACUUGAUAAUUUUCAGUCAGGAUUCAGAGGGAAAGGUUUCGGGUCAUUGGUAUGGCUAUGUUACUCCUGACGAUGUUCCUACUUUGCUUGAUCAGCAUAUUGCAAAGGGAGAGAUCGUAGAAAAACUUUGGAGGGGCCAAAUGGGUUCUUCUAAAGAGAGAAAGGUUGAUGACCUGAAACUUCAAGAAAAUGGUGGUACAGCCUAUCCAAAUGGUGCCAAUUUGGAGAUAAGAGAGAAAGAGACCCAAGGAAGCAGUACCAAAGGAAACAUGAAGGAUAGUUCAAGUUGUUGCCAGGGUGCCAAAGGGUUUUCUUGUUGCAGGGAUGAAAGGAAGGAAGAAAAGAGUGGGAUUGAAAAUAAACCAAAUGCAAAGUAUGGGUUGUGCAGCCUGUCAGCCUGGAUGGAAACAUGGGAGAAAGAUGAUUUUCUAGCUGCUGCUGCAGUCAUUGGGGCAGUUGCAUCCAUUGCUGUGGCUUAUAGCUUCUAUAAAAGGUUAUAAUUUGGAUCUUGUUAAUAAGAGUAUUGAUGUUGGAGUUAGGGAACUAUGUAGAAUGCUCUUUUGUUUGCUAAUUAUCAGGGUUGGAAAUCCUUGGUGGUUGAAUCUGACUCUUUGAUUGCUGUUACGGAUCUAAAAGGAAGGGAUGAUGGAAUUCCAUGGACUACUUGGCAUUGGCUGGACAGUAUCGAGAACUAUUUAUUAUUAUUAUUAUUAUUAUUAUUGAUAGACUUUUUUGUAUAUUUCCAAAGCUUUUAAUGUUUUGGCUCAUACUAUGGUCCAACAAGCCAAACUUUUUUCUUCUCUUGAGGUCUGGUAGAACAAUCUACCCUCUUGGUUAUGUAAGCUUCGACUAUCUUUUUCUAAUAAUUAAUGAAUUAGUCUGUUUGCUCACCCAAAAAAAAUUCUAAUGCUCGGUAGG